GGCGGGGGCGGCCCAGCGGGGCCCGCCCACACGAGGAGCCCCGGCGCGCGGCUGCAGCCCCGCCGGCCGCGGCUGCAGACUGGUUCCUUGCCUCAACUGGAUGUAAAGCAACUCAGACUGCUAGGGGUUUGCUUUUCAAGUAGUCUCAAGAGACCAGAAGAAACUGAUCUUCAUAAUAAUGGAAGAGUCCAAGAGCUCUAAAAAUGGAAAUGAUGAAACCAGAAAGCCUGCCUGUGUUAUUUGUGAAGAAAGCAAAGCUGUCAGGGUGACAGCCAAUCAGAAUUUGAAAGGUAGAAGCGAUAAAUCCGUAAAAGACGUUGGGAGAAGCUCUCCAAAUGGGAACAGUAGCAAAAAAAAUAAGCCAAAUGAUCUUUGUUCCGAAAGAGCAGAAGCUAAAUUGUGUAAGGUCAGUGUUUCCAAUGUACUUACAGACUCUAAAAUCUUGGAAUCGGUUCUUCAAGAUCAAGGCCAUAGCAAAGUUAAAAAGAUACCCAACCCACCGGUGGUAGGAGAAAACAUGCAGCCAAUAAAAGCAGAGCAGACUGGAGAGAUCUUCCCAAGUUCCCCUACUCCUGGGACUAGUGGGUGUAAGGAAACCUUACCGAAAGGGAAAUCAACUCUGGAAAAUGUACCGGGACCUCACAAGUUGAAAGCAAACACCGAUAACUCUGGCAAUUCCAGUAACAGUGUUUCAGGAUCAGAAGACCAAUCUGAUGAACUGAGUAAAAUAAAGAGUGCCGAACCACCUAAAGAACACCUUUCGGAGAUUGAUUAUUUAGAAAAUGCCACUGUGAUUGAUGAAUCCGCCCUGACGGCUGAGCAGCAGCUAGGCCUGAAACAAGCUGAGGAGCGCCUGGAAAGAGAUUACAUCUUCAGACUAGAAAAACGUUCCCCAGAAUACACCAACUGCCGGUAUCUAUGCAAACUCUGCUUAGUUCACAUUGAAAACAUCCAGGGCGCUCACAAGCACAUAAAGGAGAAACGGCACAAGAAAAAUAUCAUGGAAAAACAGGAAGAAAACGAGCUGCGGGCCUUACCACCCCCUUUCCCGGCCCAGUUGGCUGCUUUGAGCUUUACACUUAUCGAAGCAGCAAAAGAACAAGGAAUAUCAGAUGACGACUUCAGGGUCCGAGAGGACAUCGUAAACGAGAUGGAGAAGAUCGUCCAACGGUCUUUGCCCGACUGUUCCCUGAGGAUGUAUGGGUCCUCUCUGACUAAGUUCGCUUUUCAAAACAGUGACGUCAAUAUAGAUGUCAAAUUUCCCUCCAAGAUGAGUCAUCCAGAUGUUCUGAUACAGGUGCUUGACAUCCUAAAACACAGUGCAUUGUACUCAGAUGUGGAGUCAGAUUUCCAUGCCAAAGUUCCUGUUGUUUUUUGCAAAGAUGUGAAAAGUGGCUUAACAUGCAAAGUAAGUGCAGGAAACGAUGUGGCGUGCCUUACAGCUGAUUUGCUGGCUGCUCUGGGAAAAUUGGAGCCUGUACUUAGGCCCUUGGUCUUAGCUUUUCGCUACUGGGCAAGGAUGUGCCAUAUCGACUGCCAAGCCGAAGGGGGCAUUCCUUCAUACUCUUUUGCUUUAAUGGUGAUAUUUUUCCUUCAACAAAGAAAACCCCCUAUUCUUCCUUCCUACCUGGGCACAUGGAUUGAAGGCUUUGAUUCAAAGAAAGUAGACGACCAUCAGCUGAAAGGUAUCGAAGAGGAAAAGUUCGUGAGGUGGGAAUACAAACCAUCAAAUUGCACUCCUGGGAAAAACUCGAAUGAGGCGGAAGACAGAGCAAAGGCAGAGCAGCCAAAGGAGGGCACCAAGAAGGCAACCGACUCAGAACCCGACAACCAAAGUAAUGCCACGCAAGAGACACAUGGCAGAUCUCCCUUAUCAUUGGAAACACCACAUCAGGUAUCUUUGGGACAGCUGUGGUUGGACCUGUUGAAGUUUUAUACCUUGGAAUUCGCUCUGGAGGAAUAUGUCAUCAGUGUGCGGGUUCAGGAACUCCUGACGAGAGAGAGCAAAAACUGGCCUAAAAGACGGAUCGCCAUUGAAGAUCCUUUUGCACUAAAGAGGAAUGUUGCACGCAGCUUAAAUAGCCAGAUGGUGUUUGAAUACAUCUUGGAAAGGUUCAGGACAGCCUACAGAUAUUUCGCUUGUCCUCAGAGUAAAGAUGGGCGCAGAUCUAAGACGGAUACCAAGAAGAAAGAGAAGGGAAAAAUAAGCAACAGAAAAUCUGUCAAGCCCGGAGAUGGGGUAGCCAAUUGUUGCCUCCAACAAGGGGAAAACCUAGAGAAACCAAACGCAGAAAGCGGCUGCGGUGCACCGGCGGGCGAAGUCGAAGACCGCAGUGAAAUGGAAUCUGUAUCCGGGAGGGGUCUCGCCGAGGACUCGGACAGCUCCCUGGCGACUACAUCAAGGGCGGCGGACCCCAGUCACCACGACGACGGCGACGGGGGGAGGCAGGAGGCCGUGUCCCCUUGUACUACCGAAGGCUAUGAAUUAGAGCAGAGAUCACUUGACGAGCCAGAGGCUGCCGAGUCUUCAGGAACUGGUUUAAAAGAUGAACUACUCAGACUUCAGUGCACCUGCAGACCCAGCUCACUGGACUCAAAUGCCACGAGCGGCCGGACGGGGACCGAACGCCCCCUGGAUUCCGAACCAGAGUGUUCGCGGAAGCGUCGGGAUGCCGACGCGUCAACUACCUCGCACAACUGCAAAGCAGCAGCAGGCGUCUGUGACCUUAAAGACGAAGGGACGCUCUCCCCUCAAGAAAUGCAUUACGUGUUUGAUCAGUUUAUUUUGACUUCCGGCAAGCCUCCGACUAUAGUAUGCAGCAUCUGCAAGCGGGACGGCCAUUCCAAGAACGACUGCCCCGAGGAUUUCAAGAAAAUUGAUCUUAAACCGCUGCCACCACUGACCAACCGAUUUCGGGAAAUACUUGAUUUAGUGUGUAAAAAAUGCUUUGAUGAGUUAUCGCCUCCCUUGUCCGAGCAUCAAAACAGGGAGCAGAUUUUAGCCAGCCUGGAAAGAUUCAUUCGAAAAGAGUACAAUGACAAGGCCAGACUGUGCCUCUUUGGCUCUUCCAAGAAUGGAUUUGGAUUCCGGGACAGCGACCUGGAUAUCUGCAUGACCUUGGAAGGCCACGAAAAUGCGGAGAAAUUAAAUUGCAAAGACAUAAUUGAAAGUUUGGCAAAAAUCCUUAGGAAGCAUCCCGGUUUGAGAAACAUCUUGCCUAUAACAACUGCCAAAGUGCCUAUAGUAAAAUUUGAGCACAGACGUAGUGGAUUGGAAGGAGAUAUCAGCUUGUACAAUACUUUGGCUCAGCAUAACACAAGAAUGCUAGCCACGUAUGCAGCCCUUGAUCCGAGAGUGCAAUACUUGGGAUAUACCAUGAAAGUCUUUGCCAAGCGUUGUGACAUCGGAGAUGCUUCCAGGGGAAGCUUAUCUUCAUACGCCUACAUCCUCAUGGUGCUGUACUUCCUGCAGCAGAGGAACCCGCCUGUCAUCCCGGUCCUUCAAGAAAUCUUCGAUGGGAAACAGAUUCCUCAGAGAAUGGUCGACGGCUGGAACGCGUUCUUCUUCGACGACGCAGAGGAACUGAAAAAGCGCUUGCCGGCCCUGGCGAAGAACACCGAGUCCCUGGGGGAGCUCUGGCUGGGGCUGCUGCGCUUCUACACGGAGGAGUUUGACUUUAAAGAGUACGUCAUCAGCAUCCGACAGAAGAAGCUGCUGACGACUUUUGAGAAACAGUGGACGUCCAAGUGCAUAGCAAUUGAAGAUCCUUUUGACUUGAAUCACAAUCUCGGUGCUGGAGUCUCUAGAAAAAUGACCAAUUUCAUCAUGAAGGCAUUUAUCAACGGGAGGAAACUCUUCGGCACACCUUUCUAUCCCCAUAUCGGAAGGGAAGCUGCAUCGUGUCAGGGCUACUUUUCCCUCCGGGGGCAGCGGGCCAGACCACAUUUUCUAGGCCCCUCGGAAGUGAGCGGACUAUGGAGCCGUCAUGCCGUCAGACCACAGGAAUACUUCUUUGACUCCAAGGUGCUAACGGACGGGGAGCUGGCCCCCAACGACCGGUGCUGCCGGGUGUGUGGCAAAAUCGGGCACUACAUGAAAGAUUGCCCCAAGCGGAGAAGGGUGAAGAAGAAGGAGAGUGAGAAAGAUGACGAGAAGGAAGCCAAGGAGGAGGAGCGAGAGCCCCGAGAGAAGAGGUGCUUUAUCUGCGGAGAUGUGGGCCACGUGCGAAGGGAUUGCCCUGAAUUCAAGCAGACUCGCCAGAGGAACAGCAGCGUGGCAGCCGCCCAGCUGGUCCGAAGCCUAGUGAGCGUCCAGCCAGCCGCUGGCCAGGCCCAGCCCCCGGGGGACAGACCCCUCCGCACCAGGCAGACCUCAGAAUGCUCGGAUUCGCAUCAGUCGUCUUACUCUCCGCAGCCUCAGCCGUUCUCCCAGACCGGCGCCCAGCCAGGCGCCGGGCCCCAGUCUGCAGCCCCGGCCGGGCCCCCGCCCAAGCACGUGCCCCCGCCGCCAGGGGCCCAGCCCCCUCAGGUCCAACUGCCUUUGUUUAACUUUCCCCAGUCCCCCCCCGCCCGGUACUCGGCCCUGCCUAACCUGGGGCUGCUGUCGCUGCACCACCACCAGCUCCAGCUCCGAGGCCCCUCGUGGCCCAUCCACGGCCCAGUGCUGCAUUCGGCCCCCAACAACCCUCCCCCGCCUCCUGCCAGCGUGCCGUUCUCCGUGCAGACGGGGGGCGCCGCCGCCGCCGGGAGCCAGACCAGCGUCGGCCUGAACGACCCUAGCAUCAUCUUCGCCCAGCCGGCUGCCAGGCCUCUAGCGGGGGUCCCCAGCUCUUCCCACGAAGGGCACUGGCGUGGCCCCGGGGCUCCGAGCGUGCUGGGGACCAACGGGCCCGCGGCUACCAACUCAGACCAGGGCUUCGCCGGGCAGUUUGGGAAACUGAACGCUGCCGUCCCCUGGGAAUCCGGGACGUCGGCCCACUUCCCGCUCCUCCAAGCGUCGUGGCCUUUCGGACUACCUCCGAGCUUCAUCCAGCAGGGCGGCGCCGGCUUCCAGCCCAACAAGCCUUUCUACCCUCAAGCCGGUCCGCUGGUGCAAGGCGGCCAGCGCUUCCCUCUGCUGUCUCCGGGGCCCCCGCACCCUGCUCCGCCCGCCGCGCCCCCUCCUCACCUCAACGUCGGUUUCCUGCAGCAGAAAAAGUGACCCCGACCCAAGCCGGGCGAACGGCGGCCCGCCCGGCCGCUUUUCUCGCAGAUUAUUUAAAUGUCCGACUGUUUUUAAACUGUAUCAUUUGUACAUAGAUACGAGCUAUAGUUUUUACCGGUAUCACGGAGAGGAGUGAUACAGAUUUCAUCUAUUUUAUUACCCUAUUUUUAAGGGACUUGUGUUUUGUUUUACCUUGUUAAACUGUAAAGAGAGAAUUUUAAAAAAAAGAUUAAGUUCUUUAUUUUCUAUUAGCUGUAUUCAUACUUCGGUUGCUUCAGACUUUAUAUAUUGUUCUAAAAAAACGAUUAGGAAAGGGUUUCACGUGUUAUAAAAAAUUUUGUCACUUCAAUUCUUUACGGAACUACGUAGUGCCAAAAACCUUUUAGGAGGGAGAGAAGAACAAAAAAGCAAAACCGCAACGUCGGGAUUCGAGAUUUUUCCUUUCCGUAGUUGUGUACUGGGAGUACUGGAGCUCAAAUGCCAAGUGGCUUUGUCUGUAUUUGGAGUAAUUCUAUUUUAAGUUAAUAAAUCUUUUUAACAAAAGUCA